CCCGCCGGCAGGCGUUGGAGUAUAAAACGAGUGCUUUUUCGUAUGACACAGCAUCUUUGUGUAUAAGCUCAGCAGGCGCGGCUAGAGCUAGCUAGCUUAUAUCCUCUGUCUGAACACUUUACCACUUGACGCCUGCUGGGUUUGCUGUUUAUCAUACAGGGUGUGCGAUUUGCGAUUUCGCUGUGUGGUUAAUUUCCUGAAUCAGAAAUAUGUCGCUAAACGCAACCGGAGAAGACUCCACAGACGCAAAGAGUGCCAGUGGACAACAGUCAGAGUCGUCUUUGUCUGCUUCUGCCCCAAUGGACGUGGACGCCAAGCCCAGCGGCCACAGCUUCAGAUACAGUCUGAAUUUCCCCAGCAUCGGCCAGUGCAUCAUCAUCAACAACAAGAACUUCGACAGAAGAACAGGCAUGAAUCAACGUAAUGGUACAGAUGUAGAUGCAGGCAACGCGAUGAAAGUGUUUGGGAAGUUGGGUUAUAAAGUGAAGGUUUACAAUGACCAGUCAGUCGAGCAGAUGAAUCAGGUUUUAACUUCUGUGUCAAAGGAAGAUCACAGCUGCUAUGCCUCAUUCGUCUGUGUCCUGUUGAGUCAUGGAGAUGAGGGCGUGUUCUUUGGUACGGAUGGAUCAGUAGAGCUUAAGAGUCUGACAUCACUUUUUCGAGGUGAUCGCUGCAAAUCCCUGGUGGGAAAGCCCAAACUCUUCUUCAUUCAGGCUUGCAGAGGCACUGAUCUGGAUGCAGGCAUUGAAGCAGACAGUGCAGAAGAUGGCAUUAAGAUCCCUGUGGAAGCUGACUUCCUCUAUGCCUUCUCCACAGCCCCAGGCUACUACUCAUGGAGGAACACUAUGACCGGGUCCUGGUUCAUGCAGUCACUCUGUGACAUGAUCAGCAAAUAUGGAAAAGAAGUGGAGCUCCAGCACAUCAUGACACGAGUGAACCACAAGGUGGCAGUAGAGUUUGAGUCUGUCUCCAAUUCACCAGGCUUUCAUGCAAAGAAACAAAUUCCUUGCAUUGUAUCAAUGCUGACCAAAGAGAUGUAUUUUUCUCCUUGAUGUCCUCUUUACAUCAGAGGACUUCAGCCUGCGUCUGCAGAAGAAAGCCUGAGGAUGUGUAUGAUGUGGUGUUUGUCAAUUAGUUUACUAUCUGACUGAAUAUCUCUUUAAACCUCAGCUUACAUAUUUCUGGGAGAUGCAAAGUCACAUUUUACAAGCUUGGCAUUAUAAGGUUCUUUCUGUGUGGGGUACAGUUCUGAGACAUAAGGCAUUCCAUUUUUUAGCCCUGCAGGAAAACAAUUUAGUAUUUGUUUUUUUAACAUUUUACCUAAAGUUGUGGGUUUUUUUGGACAAUGUCGGUAUAAAAUAAAAUUGAACAAUCAUUAAUCUAAAGCUAAUGUAAUUGACCUUGUAAUUCCAAGCUCACAAUUUUGUUCCAGUGAAUGGCUAUUUUCUGUUUAAACUUUACACAUUUCAGGGAAACAUUGGGAGCCAGUUUGAUAGGAAGUUUGAUCUUCUAUAUUUGUUAAAACCAUAGAUGGGCUUCCUGCCCUCCAGCAUCAACAUUUUUAUGAGUCAGCAGUUUAUUUUAUUUUGAGUGUCUAAGCAAGUUGAUAGUCUGUUUCAAAGGAAUCAUGUGUGUCAUUUCUGUUCCUGUAUUUUGCUUUUCUUUACCGCCUUUUUUUCCCCACUGAGUCAGUGUAGUGAUGUCUGACAUGAAGGUUGCACAACCAAAAAUAAUGAAUAAUUCACUAAAUUGGUACCUGAUUAGUUGUGUGAAGCCUAAAUGAAUGCUGCACUUGCACUCAGAUACAUUAAAGCAUAAUGUGUAGCAAAUUCAGGAACAUCAAUUAAGCUAUCUCGUGUUCUGUUGGUUUUUAAAGCUCAGAAUUCAAUUUUUAGUGUAUUUAAUUUUCUCAUUAUGGACUUGUUUGAAUGGACAGUUGCCUGUGAAUGUCAAUUUAGUCAGUGUCAGGCUUCAUAGCAUGCAUAAGCCAGCCCACUUGCACAAUGCUUUAAUUUGAGGCAUAUGUUCAUACUUGAACACAAGGUUUACAUUUCAUGUUAGGCAGUAGCUCAUGUGUUUGUGUUUUUUAAAGACAAAAUGGCGAAUAGAAUGCCUUUUCACAUUGCUUUGAUAGUUACAGUCAAUAACUUGGAAACAUGUCCAAUGGACUGUUGUGGAACUGUGAGUCAAACCUUUAUACGUAUCAACAUUGUGUGAUUUAUAACAGACAAAGCUAAAUUUGAUUGUGUACUGAUCCAGGUGCUGGUCAUUUGAGUAAAUACUUCAAUAUUUACAGCAAUAAAAUCAUCUUUGCUGUUAAAAAAAUAUGUCACCGUGGUUUGACAAUCCAGUUUUUAAGUCAUAUCAGAAUACUACACUUUGCUAUGAAUGUCACUUUUUGGCUAUUUUGUAAGCAGUGAUACUGUGAGGUUGGUGUAAUCUUUUUUCUGAAAAAAAGUAAAAACCACUUUUCAUUUAA